GUCGGAAUAUCUCUCGAGCGAAUUAUUCUCUCAUUGAAAGUAUCACCGAAGUAUUGUUAAAGCAUGAAAAGUAUCGUUUCAAGAGCGUCUGUUGGCUUUUUCAGUCACGAUCGUGAUUAUGCAAGCGAGGAUCCGAAGGCCCGACAAGGUCGAGCGAUUCACUUGAACGGCUCGCUACUUUUCUCCGAGAAGAAACAUCCAAGCCAAAAAGAAAAGAUACAAAACACGCGGGAGGAGAAGGAAUGGGCCCUUGGGCCUUCGGCGUACCGGUCAUCCUCGUCUCAACUGUGGGCCUCCUUCUCAACGGUUGCGUUCUCCUCAUCGUUCUCUGUCUUGGUAAACAGACGCAGCAGCAGCAAACAGCGAACACCUUGCUACUAAUUCACUUGGGCGCUGUGGAAGCAGCGGUGUGUCUGAUAUUACUGAUUUUUACUACCGGUCCGUGGCCCGUAGCUGGCACGUGGUGUGUCCUUCACGGGUUCUUUUUAGCACUUUUACAUCCCGUUGCUCUUUGGACUGUGACCGGAUUAAAUUGCGAUAGGUAUUACGCGAUUGCCGCACCGCUGCAUUACGCCGCUUUGGUCUCUCCGCGUCGCGUGGCCGUUGGACUGGCUGCUUCUUGGACAGGUGCUCUGCUUCUCUGCUUGCCGCCAUUCUCGGGUCUGGUGCCGCCUUAUAAGUAUAGUCCAGAACUGGGUUGCUGCGCCCCAGAUUUCGGGAACGACACUUGGGGCUCGGCCGCGGCGCUCUACGACGCCGUUUACGCCAUCCUCGGCUUGGGCCUGCCGGCCGUCCUCGUGACGGUCUGCAAUUUACGCGUAUUGGGCAUAGCGCGUUACCAUCGGCAUCGUAUCGCCAGCGCGAUCUACGAGGUCACCCUGAGCGCCCAGGUGACCAUCACCCAUCAACGCAACCCGUUCUUUGUGCCGACCGUCACCGCACCUUCGGCCGGCGGACCGCCGCGAUUUCACAGCGCCGCCAGCACGGUGAUGCAACUGGUCGGCUCCCUGUACCUGCUCUACUUUCCGUACUGUGGACUUGUUCUCUGGGAGGCUUGCAGCGCCGCUAACCAGCACUGUCUCCACGCACACCCCAAGCUCGCCUCCUUAGCUUCAUUCUUCCUCGCGUGCUCACCGCCCAUCAACUGCCUCCUCUACGGCUUGAAAUCGCAAACCCUGCGACGAUCCGUACAGAACUACUGGCGGAAGAAGGCUACCAAAUCGGAGCUGCAGCAGGAGAUACAGGCGAGGACGCCCAGCGUCGCGGGCUCCAGGCGGCCUUCCGGCAGCGGAAACGCUUCCUUCUUCCCUUUCCCACCUUUGCAACGGAGGCUCAGCGAGGCGUUAUUGGCGCUCGGCUCGUGCAGAAGCGGUUUCGGAAGCAAUAAUCUCGGGUUCCACCGCGGCAGAUUGCAGCCCGCCGCCUCGUGCAACACCCUCCGAGUGCCGGCCACCGAAUCAGGCGAGCCGAGCAAACUGGUGAGGGCGAGUGCGAGCGCCGCCAGUCUGAUGGGUCCUCAUUAUCGGAGCGACUUUAUCGGGGCGGAUUUGGACGCGGGAUGCUCCAUAGCAAUGUGCGAGACUCCGAGGCGGAGUCCGAGGAUUCUCAUAACGCGCGCGUACAGCGAGGAGAGCCAGGACGGAGGUAGUCCGCUCUUAAGGAAACCCUUCGUCUCCAAUACGAAUCCGCCGCCCUGCGAAAAACGCCGAUGGAGGCACUGUAGCACCGGCAGCGAGAGCAGCACGGGCAGCAGCGAUGCCAGCGUGUGGACCACCGGCGUGCCACCGAAAUACGUGAAGGGCAACGCGAAGAGCACGGACGGCUGGUCGUCGUCGCGGCGGUAUGUACGCGGCAAGAACCUGGAGGAAGGCGCCUUGUCCACCGUGAUCAGGCCGAACAACAACAGCGAGAGCAGCGACACCACGGAUACCACGGCCACGACUACGACCACCACGCUGCUCAAGUCCUUCAUCAUAGAAAGUAACGGACAGAGCGGCAGGGAGAAAGAGAAGGUGAACGGCAACAUGAAGAAGAGGGAAUACAGCGAGAGCGACAGCAGUUGGAGCAGCGUUGAAGAGAUCGAAACCAAGGCGAUAACCGAGAGGAACGACGAGGACGACGAUCUCGGGAGAUCGGCGGGUGAGCCGAGAUUGCCGCGGCGCAAAUCGAAGGGCGGUUCCGGCAAUCACGAACCCGAAGUUCCCGAGGACCGGGAAGAAACCGCACAGCUGAGGCCCCUCCUCACCUCCUCUUAAGCUCGCCUCCUAAGCGUAUUUUCCUUUGGCUAAUCCGCUCGUGUCCCGGAUAAAAUGAGAUUUCGCCGCCGUACUUAAGCAACACUGAUAUUCACAACGUUAACAGGGAAAUAUGUAGGCGAGCAGGACACCCCUCGUGGCGCACACACCCGAUGAGUUCGCGUAAACAAACAGUCGACUCUGGUCAAUUGCAUGCAAAUUAUUUUCAUAACUCGCGUGUGUAUCGACAUCGAGAGAGCGGAGCGAGAGAAGCACCCGAACGGUCCGUAAGAGCGUUUCGUACCAACGGGACACGACUUGGAUUCUUUCUCGCGCCCUCCGGGAUGUAGAAUUCGAGGUAAACGUGAAUUCGGCGUAUUCUUUAUGCUUGACGUCUCAAUAUAUAUAUAUAUUUAUAUAUAUAUAUAUAUAUAUAUCGACAUAUCCUGAAAUUAUAUUUUUGUACUUUUACUCUGCAACACACGUCGCGCGUGGCGCCUAAAGCGUCCCCCGCAGGAAAAGAUGGAGAAACCGAUUAAUAAUUAACACACCGCCGACGAGUUAAUCUUUCGACGAGUUUGCUCGCUUGUCCCAACAACCCUCGUGGAAUGAGAACGGCAAUGAAUUACCGGCGAUCGUCGCCGCUUGAAGCGGCUCGCGCCGACGACGAAUUCGCGAGAACUCGUUACGCAAAGGAAAGUUUCGAUUCGUCCUUAAUUUACCGAGACGAGUUGCGGAAACUCGUGGCGUGGCAGAACAUUGGAAGUCGGACACUCGGGAAAGUUCUUUCGACAGAAAGCGGUAACAACAAUCGAAUCAAAGGUGGCAACUCCGCGGAAUGUUCGGACGUUCCGCGCCGCGGAGUUUUCCCACCCGUUUACGGAUGAAUCAGUCAAUCUCACGCGUUUGUCUGUAGUCAAGUUUCGCUCAGUAGUUAACCGUAUUGCAUUUCUCGACGUAAACUCCAUGGCUCUCUCGCGACCGACGUUUAUGCGCGUAUACUCAUUAGCGAUAUAGAUGGCGCAGGUGAGAGAGCAGCAAUUAAACGAUGUAGCGUUACACACGUAGCCGUUGGAAUUGACGCUCCAAAGCUCGCGUAGGGCAUAUUUGUGCGUACCAAUCAGAUGUUUAAUCAGAUAUCUCGACGUUAUUUGGUCGUUUCGCGAUUAUCAUGCUACGGCAGGAAUACCUUCGUUGCGCUGAGAACGUUGUUAGAGUACAAUUGCUGGAAGAGUCGGUAUUCGCGCGCUUCGUUCUGUCGGCCAAUGUUGGGAAGGUUACUUUGCAGAAGAAGUGACUCUCGUCGCCGUAACGAAUGCGCAACAUGACAGGUCGUCGCUGGAGAACUGUAAUUUGUAACGGCGACGAUGUUACUUCUUAACUCUGUUUAAGACGUUGAUAUACUUGUGAAUGACUGUUGAACUCUAGUCAUUCCGCGAUUCGUGUAUACUUAGUUUAUAUUUAUGAUUCCACCGAUAUGAUUUAGGUAUUAUAAUGUAUCAGUUAUUAUAGUGACAGAUUUCGCAGGAAUCGUCGAGUUGUAAUCGACGCUUGCUUUAGCGUCGCGUGAGUACGGAUCUGUGUGCGUGCGUAUACGUGCGUACGUGCGCGUGUCUCUCAUCGUAUAUUUAAUUUAUAUAAUAUCGUUGUUAAAUAUAUAUCGUUACAACGCCGAUGCGACACUUUAUUAUCGUACGCACGAGACCGUUAAUCGUUUCCAUGCGUAUGUCAUGACGUCCAUGUAUAAUUCUCGAAUAUGAUAGAAUCGCUUAGCCAUGAGAGAGAGAGAGAGAGAGAGAUAGAGAGAGAGAGAGAGAGAGAGAGAGGAAGAGAGAAACCGAGCUGCUUAUUCAUUCGUCAAUUAGGACCGUACGAGGUGCAGCUCGGCUGCUAUUGAUGAUAAUAAUUGCGUGUCCUUCGCGAUCGUUGUCGUUGACGAUGACGACGAAGCUUCAGGAACUUUGUCGGGGGCGGGUGUUGUAUCAAUGUUAAUAAUAUUAUCAAGAGUUGCGACAUAAAAAAAAAAGCGAUGUCUGAGUGUACGA